AUGGCCGUUGCACGCUCCCUGCGACGGACCAGUCCCAUCACCCUCCUCCUGGCCGCUCUCCUCGCCUUCGGCUUCCUCUUCUUCCUGCUUACGCCCUCGGCUUCGACGUCGGUCUCGGCCCAGCAAAGACAGGAGGAUGCUGCCGACCAUCCUCUCUCCCCUCCGACGAAACCGUUCUUGAAAAAGCAGCCAUCCAGGGCGAAUGGGCAGCAGGCGCCACCACCUGUCGUGCACUACAACCUGAACGAGCUCAAGGCGACGGACAACCCGGCCGCGAAUGGCGAGCGCGUGCUCAUCCUGACGCCCAUGGCGCGUUUCUACCAGGAAUACUGGGACAAUCUGGUCAAGCUGGACUAUCCGCAUGAGCUCAUCUCGCUGGGCUUCAUCCUGCCCAAGAACAAGGAAGGGAAUGCCGCCACGGCGGCGCUGCAGGCCGCUGUCGCCAAGACGCAGUCGGGCCCGAUCGAUGACCGGUUUGCGAGCGUGACGAUUCUGCGGCAGGACUUUGACCCGCCGCUCGUGUCGCAGGACGAGAAGGAGCGGCACAAGAUGGAGAACCAGAAGGUCCGGCGCGAGUCGAUGAGCCGGGCGCGCAACAGUCUGCUGUUCACGACUCUGGGGCCGGCCACCUCGUGGGUGCUGUGGCUGGACGCGGACAUCGUGGAGACGCCCCGCACGCUGAUCCAGGAUCUGGCCAAACAUGACAAGGCGGUGAUUGUGCCGAAUUGCUACCAGCGAUACUACAACACGGAGAAGAAGCAGAUGGACGUGCGUCCGUACGACUACAAUUCGUGGCGGGACAGCGAGACGGCGCUGCAGAUGGCAUCCCAGAUGGGGCCGGACGAGAUUCUGCUAGAGGGCUAUGCUGAAAUGGCCACGUACCGGUCGCUGAUGGCGUACAUGGCGGUCGAGGGCGGCGAUCCGCACCGCGAGGUGCAGCUGGACGGGGUGGGAGGCACGGCUCUGAUGGUGAAAGCGGAGGUGCACCGGGACGGCGCCAUGUUCCCGGCUUUCCCGUUUUAUCAUCUGGUUGAGACGGAGGGUUUUGCGAAGAUGGCGCGGCGUUUGGGGUCGCCUCUUCAGACGAUAUAUUUCAAAUCAUCUCCCGCAGACGAUGUACCUCCUACUAACGUCGAAUUUCUAUCACAGGUGUACCAUUAUAACGAGUGA